UGAAAAUGACAGAGUUUUCCUCUUUUUAGGCUAUCCAAAAUUCGUUGUAACCCCAUCGUGUAAAUGGCACGAGGCCAGAAGAGAACCAAGAAAGACAAGUUGCAACCAAAUGGCCGCAGUCCUAAGAAAAGAAAUCUAAAGAAUCCCUUGAGACACCACGUUCAAGCCCACGGUCCCUGUCAAUGUCUACCUCACCAUCCUCGUCCAAGGAUUCACUCAUCUAAGAUGUUCCAUGACAACUGUUGCAAGUACAAGGUCCGCCCAAAGCCCAGGAGAAUCAAUCAAUGUGAUUUGGCCACCCAGUGUCCCUCUCGUAUAGUCAUGGCCCCUACUGUGCCCACCACCCGGCAAACUCCAAUCGGCCGGAAUGCGAUCCAUCUGCCGGAAACCGUGGUCAUGCAAAUGCGUAAUACCGAAGAUGCCCGCCGAGCAGCGGAAAGUUUCAGAAAUACCCUUAUCCAAGCCCAUGUUCCAGGUCCGGACCUUGAAGGGGAGGAGAGUCUGGAGAGGCUUCGCCAAAUAGAACGAAGGCCUCGACAUGUGUUUCGAAAAGGACGUGAAAAGCGCUUUCCAAGCGAUACGGAGUUUUGCUAGAACUUUAUGAAAAGGUUUUUCUUUAAAUUAAAACCCAAUAAAUACUAUUCAGUUUUACAGAAGCAA